CAACCCUACCUCACGAUAGAAGUUCAUUCAAAGAUGUCAACUUGCCUUUCGCUGCAGCUAUUUGAUUACUCAACUGCUCGUAUGGACACUUUUAACCUCUCCACCUUAUUAGGCUCUAAAUUCAUGGAUGCAUACGUCGGACUCAUAGCGAGUCAGAAACUUCAGACUGAAUCAUACAUACUGUCAUACUUACUCAAAGAUCGAGUGUACCCUGGUGAUCUUUGGGAGUUAGUCGGGGAGCGCAGUAUAGAGGCGAUGCAGGAGGAAACCUUGCGUAGCCACCAGUGCAUCUGCAAGAUCAAUGGAGAUGGGGGGAAGGCAUGGGCAUGCGGCUGUAGAGCGAUUUCUUGUGGAAGAGAGGAGGAAACGAUGUCAGAUGGAGGUAUCUUUGUAUUCACAGGCUAUCGAAAUCUUGGAGCAAUUCCGAAUACCACAUAUUGGAACUCCAGCCAAGCACGAGAUCAAGACUCCUUCCGUAACCUUGAGGCAUGUGGGUACGCCUUCACAUGCGAAGCUUGGUUAAUGAGGAAUGACGUAUACCUCAACCGUACGGGAUUUUAUCCCCCGUUGGAGAGCUCCCCCCCGUUGGAGAACUCUUCCCCUUUGGAGGCCUCGCCCCCUUCAUCACUUGGUCAACCCUCCUCUGCGCAGGAAGAACCAGCAUACAGCAAUUUAGAUCGCAUUGGCCCCUCAUUACCCCUGCUGAGCACAUGGGUCACCGCCGACGUCCAAGAAGCCUUUUAUGAGGCAUUCCAAACGGAACUGGACAUGCAGUCGAAGCUGAUGACGAAGUCACCCGCCACCCGACACAGUAACGCCAAUCUACGCAAUCAUGGGCUGGAUCUGCUCAUCUUGCAGGCCAAGAUGCACCGCGCACAAACUGAGAUAACCCUAUACACCCUAGCCCUUGAGAACACCCAUGCAUUUGAUUUCUCUGAUCACAGUUCACAAACAUCAUCCUGGGGUCAAUCCAUCCUGCGGCCUGUAUUAUCUGAUGAGCUACGCUACUGUGACGUGGACACUGACGAUGACACGGAUCAGUCUCACAACGACUUUGAAGUUUGGUAA